AAACUCAGACAGUCGUUCGUCACUGAGAGGUGAAAUGGCGCAGAAAGGAGUUGAGCUGGAGCGGGAAUCCCUCUCUUGUUCGAUCUGUCUGGAUCUACUGACGGAUCCGGUGACUAUUCCCUGUGGACACAGCUACUGUAUGAGCUGUAUUAAAACCCACUGGGACAAAGAGGAGAAAAGGAUCUACAGCUGCCCUCAGUGUAGAGAGACCUUCACACUGAGACCUGUCCUGGGGAAAAACACCAUGUUGGCUGAUUUAGUGGAGCAGCUGAAGAAGACUGGACUCCAAGCUGCUCCUGCUGAUCACUGCUACGCUGGAGCUGAAGAUGUGGCCUGUGAUUUCUGCACUGGGAGAAAACUGAGAGCCAUCAAGUCCUGUUUGGUUUGUUUGGUCUCUUAUUGUGAGAAACACCUCCAACAUCACUAUGAUGUUCCUCCGUUAAAGAAGCACAAGCUGGUGGACCCCACCAAGAAGCUCCAGGAGAACAUCUGCUCUCGUCACGAUGAGGUGAUGAAGAUGUUCUGCCGCACCGAUCAGCAGUGUAUCUGUUAUCUCUGCUCUGUGGACGAACAUAAAGGUCACGACACAGUCUCAGCUGCAGCAGAAAGGACCGAGAGGCAGAGAGAGCUCGAGCUGAGUAGACAACAAAUCCAGCAGAGAGUCCAGGACAGAGAGAAAGAUGUGAAGCUGCUUCAACAGGAGCUGGAGGCUGUCAAUGGCUCUGCUGACAAAGCAGUGGAGGACAGUGAGAAGAUCUUCACUGAGAUGAUCCGUCUGGUGGAGAAAAGAAGCUCCGACGUGAAGCAGCAGAUCAGAUCCCAGCAGGAAACUGAAGUGAGUCGAGUCAAAGAUCUUCAGGAGAAGCUGGAGCAGGAGAUCACUGAGCUGAAGAGGAAAGACGCUGAACUGAAGCAGCUCUCACACACAGAGGAUCACAACCAGUUUCUACACAACUACCCCUCACUGACACCACUCAGUCCGUCUACACACUCAUCCAGCAUCAACAUCCGUCCUCUCAGGUCCUUUGAGGCUGUGACAGCAGCUGUGUCAGAGGUCAGAGGUCGACUACAGGACGUCCUGACUGAGUCAGAGACAAACAUCUCACUGACAGUGACUCAAGUGGAUGUUUCACUGCCACAACCAGAGCCCAAGACCAGAGAGGAAUUCUUAACAUAUUCACAGGAAAUCACACUGGAUCCAAACACAGCAAACACAUAUCUGUUAUUAUCUGAGGGAAACAGAAAAGUAACAUAUAUGAAUAAAAGUCAGUUUUAUUCUAGUCACCCAGACAGAUUCACUUAUUAUCCUCAGGUCCUGAGUAGAGAGAAUCUGACUGGACGUUGUUACUGGGAGGUGGAGUGGAGAGGAGGAGUUGAUGUAGCAGUCGCAUACAAGAAUAUCAUCAGAGCAGGGAAGUCACGUGAAUGUAGAUUUGGAUUCAAUGACAAAUCUUGGAUGUUAUAUUGUGAUGAAAACACUUAUAACUUUUGUUACAACAGUAUCGACACUCCAGACUCAGGUCCUUGGUCCUCCAGAGUCGGAGUGUACCUGGAUCACAGUGCAGGUGUUCUGUCCUUCUACAGCGUCUCUGACACCAUGACUCUCCUCCACAGAGUCCAGACCACAUUCACUCAGCCGCUCUGUGCUGGAGUUCAUCUUUAUAAUGUAGGAUUCACAGCUGAGUUCUGUAAACUCAAAUAAGACCUGAGUCAUUUGAGAAAUCCAUGUCUCAGUCUUUGUAGUUGUGACAGUUCACAUCUGUCUCUCUCCCUCUAUCUCCUCCCCCCUCCCCUCUCUCUCUCACACACACACACACACACACACACACGCUUUGCUGCGAUGACCAUUUUGGCAGUGUACCCUGGUUUUCAACGAGGGAAUAAAAUGUUUCACUUAAGACACAACUCUUGAAAAACAUAAUACAGCCAAAAAUGCGUUAGCCGAAGAACAAAAGACUGAAAUAUGUUUGUUUUUUAUUGUACAGAACAUGAACACCCCUUUGCGCUCCAUGAUCUCAGUCUUAAAAAGACCUUUAGCAGGUUCCCGGGCUCCGUUUGGCAGCAGGGAGCCGUCUCGUCCUUAGAAGUAACCGGACAUUGACUCAAUUUACACCCGUCUCAUACUCUCUCUCCACUGGCUCCCGGUUCGAUUCACAAUCGACAGGGCGUUGCGUUCUUCCGGCCGAGUCCUGAGGUCGAGGUAUAAGCCGUGGGGGGUCGUGGACCUCCGCAGUUGCUGCUCCAAAGCUGCGGAACAAAUUUUCCUCUGACUUACGCUCUUCUCCCUGACUUAGCACUUUUUAAAUCCAACCUUAAAACGUAUCCAGAAUUGGCUCUUGACACUUAGUGCUGUGACAUUGUGUAACUUUGUCUGAUUUUUAUUGUUUGUUAUACUCACUUUGGAUAACUGGUGGUUGCUGUAAAGGGCUAUAGGAUCAAAUGUUGAUUGAUUGAUUGAUUGAGUUGUAAAGUAUGAACGUGUCUAUUAAACUUACUGUAACAGUGA